UUUUGAUAUUAUCGAGUCAAACAUCUUAAUUUUUCAUUAUCAAAAUCAAAUAAAUAAAAAUAAAUUCCGUAUAUCAUAUGCUCGUGGGCUCCUAUGGACCAACCCAAAGAACAAAAAAUUCUAGGGGAAUCAGGAAGUGGGAACCCUGGGCGACCAGUUAGCAUACGUUUCAACGUAAGUCAAGCCACACAGGAUGCUGUCGCCAGUGGGACUUCCAAAGGCAAGGAGGGCGAGGUGGCAGUUGGAGGUACGCAGCGGCUAUUGCCGUCGCCCAGCGGUCAACAUCAGGGCGGCGACAGGCUAGAUGGUGCGCAUGGUGCACAAACAAUGCUUAAAUACACUGGAAGAUUUGUAGACGUGAGUGGCGGGGCAAGCGCUCUGGCUUUAAAGGACAGAGACACACCAUUGCUUAUGUUUGGUUAGCAGAAUAAGCAGUUCGAAGAUAUUGGUG